AAGGGGACAGGGAGCGGUUUGGCUCUCAGCCAUCGGUGCAAGUUGAUUCAAGCGGGCCAGUGGGAGAAAAAAAAGGAAAAGGGAAAAAGAAAAAAAAGAGGCGUCCGGGUUGUGGGAAGAGCUCCCAGUUCACCAGUCUGCCUUUUUGUCAUCCUCGCGUAGCCAUGCGAUCUCUACCGGUUCCGGUUUAAAGGUUUUUUUUUCCCCCCUCUCUAUCUCUGUUUGGUCUCCAUUUCUCCUCUUGUGUUAGUGACGCGACCGGAUUUAUAUAACGGAUCCCAUAAGCAGGAACAAUAACAGUCAGUUUGGGGUUGAUUAUUAUGUGAAGCAUGGGAGAGACACGGCGCCUGGCUGGGAUUUUAAUUGUCUAGCAAAGCAAGUUGCACUUUUUCCCUGUUUUUUUCCCCUCCCCUCCAUAUCCUGAGUGUCCCGAGUGUGUGGAAGUCGUUGGAGACGUAUGAAAAUAAAGGAAGACACGUUUGCGUGAAGGCUUCAUAAUGGGCUGUGUCAAGAGUAAAGAAGACAAAGGACCAUCGCUAAAGUACCGACCAGAUGCUCCUAACCCUACCCCUGUUCCCACCCACAUGGGCCACUACGGGCCAGACCCCACCCAGAUGGGCCAAUCACCUGCUCUCAAGGGUCCCAACAGCAGCUACAACAGCCAUGCCUCUACCAUCACUCCAUUUGGUGGCUCCUCAUCCACCAUCACACCUUUCGGAGGAGCUGCUUCUUCUUUCUCCACAGUGGCCGUGAGCAACCCCUUCCCUGGUGGCGUCACAGGUGGUGUGACAUUUUUUGUGGCCUUAUAUGACUAUGAAGCCAGGACAUCUGAUGACCUCUCAUUUAAAAAAGGCGAUCGAUUUCAGAUCAUCAACAACACAGAGGGAGACUGGUGGGAAGCUCGUUCCAUCAACACAGGCAAGAAGGGCUACAUUCCCAGCAAUUAUGUGGCCCCCGCUGACUCCAUCCAGGCUGAAGAAUGGUACUUUGGGAAAAUGGGACGCAAAGAUGCUGAGCGACUCUUACUGGUUCCUGGAAACCAGCGAGGAACGUUCUUGGUCAGGGAGAGCGAGACAACGAAAGGAGCCUACUCUCUUUCCAUACGUGACUGGGAUGACAUGAAGGGCGACAAUGUGAAGCACUACAAAAUCCGCAAGCUUGAUAACGGCGGCUACUACAUCACUACAAGAGCCCAGUUUGAGACACUGCAGAAACUGGUCAAACAUUACACAGAGCAUUCAGACGGACUCUGUUACAGGCUCACUACAGUCUGUCCGACUGUGAAGCCCCAAACUCAGGGCCUGGCUAAAGAUGCUUGGGAGAUCCCGCGUGAAUCACUUCGCCUGGAACUCAAACUGGGCCAAGGUUGCUUCGGAGAGGUCUGGAUGGGCACUUGGAAUGGUACUACUAAGGUGGCGAUUAAGACGCUGAAACCCGGCACAAUGUCCCCAGAGGCCUUCCUUCAGGAAGCACAGAUCAUGAAGAAGCUCAGGCAUGACAAGCUUGUGCCUCUGUAUGCCGUCGUGUCUGAGGAACCCAUUUACAUAGUGACCGAGUACAUGGGCAAAGGGAGUUUGCUGGAUUUCCUGAAGGAAGGCGAUGGCAAAUAUCUCAAACUUCCCCAGCUAGUGGACAUGGCAGCACAGAUUGCUGAUGGCAUGGCCUUCAUCGAGAGGAUGAAUUACAUCCACAGAGACCUGCGGGCAGCCAACAUCCUAGUGGGAGAAAACCUGGUUUGCAAGAUUGCCGAUUUUGGCCUGGCCAGGCUGAUUGAGGAUAACGAAUACACUGCAAGACAAGGGGCCAAGUUCCCCAUUAAAUGGACAGCACCCGAGGCAGCGCUCUAUGGCCGCUUCACCAUCAAAUCGGAUGUCUGGUCUUUCGGUAUCCUGCUGACCGAGCUUGUCACCAAGGGCAGAGUGCCAUACCCAGGCAUGGUGAACAGGGAGGUUCUGGAGCAGGUAGAGAGGGGAUACCGGAUGCCAUGUCCUCAAGGCUGCCCUGAGUCGCUGCAUGAGAUGAUGCGUCUGUGCUGGAAGAAAGACCCCGAUGAGCGACCCACUUUCGAGUACAUCCAGUCUUUCUUGGAGGACUACUUCACUGCCACCGAGCCGCAGUACCAGCCGGGAGACAACCUGUAGAGCCGUCUGCCUGGUCCCAAACCAGCUUGCUGCUUCCUCCCCGAAACCACCCGUGCACACUUCCCAUUCCUCCGACAUCUCUCUUUAUUUCGUUGUAUGUGCAGUAACACCUUUUUGGUUUUUUUUUCCUCCCAUUAACCGUCUGUUGAGUUCAAGAUGAUUUCUGAGGUGAAGUUCGGUAGGGAAGCAAGCAUGUCUGUUUGGACCAGAGAUGUGCUGCAGACAGAGAAAGGACCGUAGUGCUGAUUGCGUAAAUGUUUUUUCCGUUUUCUUUUUUUCUUCUUCUUUGUUUUUAGUUUCCACACAUUUUUUUCUGACCGUUUUAAAAUCAAGAAUUGUUUUCUUUUCGUUGUCAUCAUCAUGAUUUUUACUUUACGUUUCAUUUCGUUUUUUUUUCAUUAAUUUCAAUAGUUUGUUUAAAAAAAAGUGACCAAUAACUGUGGUUGAAAUGCGAUGGUAUCGUUUAAGACUGUUGGUGAUGCUGAGGAGAGAUGGCGAGAGAUAAUGGAAUGGGGGGAGGGGGGGAUAUAUGCCAUUAUGAAUGUAUGAGUAGAGUGUAUGGAUGGGCAAAGAAAGAGAUUGACUUUGUAAGUAAAAAAAAAAUAGCAAUGGGGAAGAUUUUUAUGAACGAAUUAUUAUUUUUUUUUUAAUAGUCUGUUAUGACUUCAUCCAUCAUGAUUUAUAUUUGUAAUAUUCUCUUGGAGCCAGCCAAAAAAAAAAAAACAAUUUCAAUAGUGCACUAACCAAUACAAUACAACAGCCAAGUGCCAGUUCUGGGAAAACCUGCAUAUCAUUUGUUCACAUGAUAUGCGUACUAAACUUUUCAUUGUUUUAACCGAGUAUGCAUUUUAGAACCGUGACACUACACCGAGCUUGAUGGACAUGUAUUCCGACCACGAAUUAUAUAACGGACAUCAUUUCGUGACUCGCAAGUAAAACAGCGCAGCCCUGAAUUUUAAAUCUACACAAAAAUGGGAACGAUUAUAGCAGUGUUAUGAUUCUGAUUCGCCACAAAUCAGUACAAAGACCUUUUUAUCCUAUGAUGAAUCAUUUUUACCCGUAUAGGGAUGGUCUCUUUUUCAGGAUUCACAGGGCAUCAGACUCUCUGAAUAAUUUAACGAGGAUGGAAAUAAUGGCGCAGCCUUCGCGCACUCGCGUUCCCAAUUCGGUUGAAGACCUACGAGAGGUUUUUGAGCGAGGUGUUAGACAAGCCUCUGUACAGCUCUCCAUCAAAAGCGAUGUUCAGUACCGUUUCGGAGACUCGUCGAUGCUUUUCACGUGGUUCGUGGUGGUCUGGAAUCUGAUUAGUUCACCUGAUUUAAUUUUUUAUUGCAUUUCAUUAUUACAGCAGCCUUCAGAAUGCCAUUUCAAACCCAAUUAGCUCUUCAGCUUCAUAUAUGUUGAAGGAGGAUGUUUGUUUUUUUUUGUUUGUUUUUUUUAGUGCCAUGACAACAGCAAAGUUCAUUUCACGGAGAAGUAAAAGCCCUACAUUUCAUAUUGGAACAGAGUUUUUUGCAUUUGUAUCGUUGAGAUACAUUUUUUGACUCCCCCACAUCUGUUUGUCAUGUCCCUGAUGUUUUGUGGCUGCUGUAUCACUUACUGUAACCCCCCCAGCCCACCCACCCCAGAAGGCUAUAUUUACAAUUAUAAUGGAAAGAGAUUAUGGACGCUGCCGCACUUGCCUUCACAACAGAACAGAGAUUUUUUACAAUGUUACUUCAACACUUGGAGUAGGAUUUUUCUCAUUUCAAACCAUCAGUUUGAUGAAAUAAUAAUAAUAAAAAAAUAUUGUGUGUUUUCAACAAAUAAAACUGGUCUCAUCUUAACAAUCCAUUACCUCAGUAACAGAUUUGACAGAGUAAUGCUGUAUGGAGUUGUUUCGUGGUUGUUUGACGUAGGUUUAAAUGCACUUCAUGUGAAUCGAACACUAGCAUUGAGCGAGUAAAGAGGUCUUACCUUUUGUUCUUCUGUGCCAUUAUCCUUUUGUUUUUCGGUCUCAAGAGGUUUUGUCAUAAAAACGAAAGCCUCCUCCCCUCCCUUUUCCCAGGAAUCUGUGUUUUUUUCAAAGGGCUAUGGACCGGUUUGAUGGAUCUCUUUUGUUCUUUCACAGAGACUUUUGACAAAAGAGAACCGAUAUGCUUUGGCUUAAACGGUUUAAAGCAGAGAAUGGAGGUGGUGGCAACAAAUUACUAACCUGAAUAAUUUGUACAGUAAAAAAAAAAUAAAGUUGUACGUAAUG